AUGACGACCGAAAUCACUUCCCUACUCGUAUUCAGCUCAUUGGUGUGCAGUGCCCACGGUGGAUAUGCACUUCCACCUCCAAUACCUGCCCCCGUCUUCAAGAUUGCACCAGCUCCAUAUGUAGCACCAGCCCCAUAUGUUGCACCACCGCCAUAUGUAGCACCACCAGUCGUCUAUAAAGCGCCACCACCUCCUAUGCCCUAUGUGGCACCGGCACCAGUGCCUUAUCGGCCACCACCAUACGCGGCAGGUGUUCAGGCCGCUGAGGCUCCAAUGCCUCCGCCUUCUGCUCAGCCUCCAGCCCCCAAUCUUAGCACCGACACAUCGGAUUCCUCUGUAAGUUAA